GUUCCGUCUCACCAAUCCUGCAGAGAUGAAGUACUUGGUGUUUGUGGUCUUGGUGGCUGGCGCUUGCGCUUCUGAGGUGGAGAAGCGAGAGGCGGAGCCAAGUCGUGGCUACAGCAAUGGUUACGUUCUUCACCACCACGCGUACCCCCGUACCUACCACCCCUACCACAAGAGGUCGGCUGAGCCUAAGGCCGAAGCCGAGCCUUCAUACCGAGGUUACUACCGUCCCUAUUCCUACGGCUAUCACAAUACUCCCUAUGUCCACCACCAUUACAAGAGGUCCGCCGAAGCUGAGGGCGAAGCCGAGCCCACUUACGGCUCGUCCAACUACUACCGCCCACACCCCUACAUUCCUUCCGUCUACCGUCACCACAAGAGAUCUGCUGACCCCGUUGCUGAGGCUGAAGCCAGUUACGGCUACAGGUCAUACCAUCCCGUGCACUAUCACUCCUACCAAUACACCCCCUAUACUCACAGCCACUACAAGAGAUCUGCCGAGCCAGAAGCUGAUCCUGAUUUCCUUUAUGGCCACCACCACCCGUCCCAUAGCGGAGCUCACUAUGGUUACGGUUACCGCGCUCACCACCAUUAAGGGGUUGGAUUUAAUAUGGCCUGAAUUCAUCUA